CUUACUUCCUAGAUUUUGACGCAAUCCUUUUGUCUUUCUCUAGCUGCAUUGUGAACUUAGGAGAGAAGAUGAGUAAUGCAACUGUGUCGUUGAAGACAAUGAAGUUAAAGGAUGGAUUAGGUUGGAUUGAGUGGAUGAGAGGAUGGGUCAAUGUUAUGCAAGAGAUUCUUUUGCAGAGAAUAAUGGCUUCUCACUUACAUAAUCCAUUUCCUCUGCCUUCUUUAAACCACUUAACUUGUAUUGUCACUGGCUCCACUAGUGGCAUUGGAUCCGAGACCGCUAGGCAGCUUGCAGAGGCUGGUGCUCAUGUUGUUAUGGCGGUAAGGAACAUAAAAGCAGCUCAUGAGCUGAUUCAACAAUGGCAGACCAAGUGGUCUGCUGGUGGUAAAGGACUCCCACUUAAUAUUCAAGUGAUGGAACUUGAUCUUCUAUCUCUAGAUUCCGUCGUCAGAUUUUGCAAUGCGUGGAACGCACGAUUAGCUCCAUUGCAUGUCCUGAUUAACAAUGCCGGCAUGUUUGCUAUGGGAGGGGCACAAAGAUUCUCAAAAGAUGGUAAUGAACAACACAUGCAAGUGAACCAUUUAGGUCCAGCUUUGCUUUCACUACUUCUUUUGCCUUCGCUUAUCCGAGCUUCAGGAAGUCGAAUCAUUAACGUUAGUUCUGUUAUGCAUCAUGUUGGUUUUGUCGAUCCGAAUGAUAUGAAUGUUGUUUCCGGUAAACGAAAGUUUUCAAGCUUGAUAGGUUACUCGAGCAGCAAACUCGCCAACGUUAUGUUUAACAAUGUUCUUUUCAAAAAACUGCCUUUGGAGACAGGCAUCAUCGUCGUUUGUUUAUCUCCCGGUGUUGUCCAAACGAAAGUUACGAGAGAUCUCCCAAGAUUGAUUCAAGAACUUUACUCAGCCUUGCCUUAUUUCAUAUUUUCGCCACAAGAAGGCUGUCGAAACUCACUCUUCUCCACGACAGAUGCUCAGAUUAUUCCACAGCAUUACCAAAAGCUAAAAACCAAUGAGAACUCUGUUUGCACAGUAUUCAUAAAUCAAAACUGUGAACCCGCACACUGUUCAGAAGAAGCUCAAAACGUAGAAACAUCGAACAAAGUUUGGGGAAAGACAUUAGAACUGAUUGGUCUUCCUCCUGAUGCAGUGGAAAGGCUUAUACAAGGAGAAGAGGUCCAAAUGUCACUAGGGAAAAAUGUUUCUAGUUAAUUUGUGAUUAGAACUUUUCAUGCAAUGCGAAUGUUAAUUAUUUUAUUAAUGCGAAGAUAUGAUUAACAAGACGAUUAAUCAUUAUAUGCUAGUCUGAUGUCUUUGCCUUA